AUGCGAUUCUUUAUGGUUUACCCAUUGCGUAACCUCAUGAUAAGUUUCGCUGUAAUUAUCAUCGUUGUACUGCUUAUCGUACUGCGUACUUUCUCGGCCCUGCGGUCACAGGAAAAGGAGCAGGAAAGAAUCAGGCAGUCGCGCGAUGCCCUGCAGGUGUUAGGUCCCGCCAAUACCAAUAUCCGUGAGUUUGAAGCGCUCGCUGAUAACUAUUACAACACUGGUGAUAGUGAACUUUUACGGAAAUCAAUGUUGAUGAAGAGCCUCCUGGAGCAGGAUUCUGUACGGAUAGGCAGGCUGGUACGGGAAUCGGCCCCCGGUGAUAAAUCGUCGUAUACCGAACUGGCGGCUAUUUCCCACCAGACAAGGCGAAAAACGGAAGCGCGAUUGACACAGUUUAAUGCAGAACUCGAACGCCAGGUGGAAGAAAAGACUACAGCCAUCCGCGAAAGUGAAUUGCAAUUUCGAACGCUCUUCAAGUCGCUGGCUGUUUCCGAAAAGAAUCUUCGGUAUGAACAGAUUAAUAAUAUCCUCAAACACGCUGAUGCCAGUGAGAUCACGAUCCUUGUCAAUGCGGGGGAACGCCUCGUAAAAGUUGAAAUAAUUGACAAUGGAAAGGGUUUCGAUCCGGCAUCAAAAAGAAAAGGUAUCGGUAUAUCAAACAUGAUCAAUCGUGUAGAAUCUUUCAAUGGUGAGAUUAAAAUUGUCAGUAGCCCCGGCCAUGGGUGCAAGGUGGACAUUGCCAUACCCUGUUAA